UGAAAAUGUCGAAAGAUUUCAAAUAUUACUGUCGUGUUAUAAAUAGUGGAAUAUACGGAUGCAAGUGGAAGAUAUCGGAUGAUAAUAAUGAAGAAACGAAUAUUGUAGAAAAGGUUUGGUGGUCGGUUUUGCUUCUAAUUUUAAUGCUUGCAACAAUGUGGUUGUUUUGCUGGAGCGUUUUCAACAACGAUUACAAUGACUUUGAGUGGUUUAUUUAUGACAAUUCUGGCAUCUGGUUUGGAUUUGGGACUUUGAUUUUGGUUGUUUUUUCACUGGCCAUGUUCUAUCUCGUUAUAUUGGCUUGUUCUGGAAUUGUUAUAAUUGCAAGAGGGAAACAGAAACAUCUACAUUUAUGCCAUAAGAUUUCUGUUGCAGUCGUGUUUCUGUUGGUCCUUGCUGGUUUUAUUAUUGUCCAACUAUUGUGGAAGGAAGAGUAUUAUGCAGCUAUUUCUGUUGCAGUCGUGUUUCUGUUGGUCCUUGCUGGUUUUAUUAUUGUCCAACUAUUGUGGAAGGAAGAGUAUUAUGCAGCUGUUAUUGCUUUAAAGAUGACCGGGCCGUUUCUACACAUUGCUCUAUUGUUUGUUGUGACCGCAUCGUCCUGGCUAAUGUUUUAUGAAAUCAUGAGAUUUGAGAAUCAAUUUAUAUGGUUGGCAUCGAACAUUGGUGUUUUGAUUUUAUUUUUACUUGUAUUCUUCAUUCCGUUACUCAUUACAUCACCCUGUAUCGGACCAGAACUGGGCUCUAUUCCAAAACCACUUUUGAUUGGACAUAGACUCGGGAAAGUUACGAUCGCACCCAAAAACACAGUUUUAGCUUACGAAAAAGGUGCGGCAUUUUGCUCAAAUUAUGCAAUUGAAACAGAUAUCUCAAUAUCUAUGGAUGGUGUUCCAUUUUUAAUGCACGAUUCGGAUUCAUUGAAAAGGACAACAAAUGUCGCAGAAAUUUUUGCCAGUAGGUCAGACCAAGCGCCAUCUCGCUUUACUUGGACUGAACUUCAGCAAAUGGACGCUGGAAGUUGGUUUCUCCAGCAUGACCCGUUCAACACAGUACGCUUUCUGUCAGAAGAAGAAAAGACAGCAAUUCGGCAGCAGAAAAUACCAAGUUUAGAUCAAAUAGCCCGAAUGAUCGGGCAGAAUAGUAUUAUUUUCGAUCUAUAUACUCCAAAUAGCGGAAACCCAUAUCGAGGAAAUCACACAGAAGUCGUAAUGAAUGUUCUUCUUAACUCCGGAUUACCACAAGCACAAGUUUUAUGGCUCCCAAGCAGCAAUCGUGAAAAUAUUCGGCAACAAGCACCAGGUUUCCGACUUGUUUCAGUCUUUCAAUCUAUUAAUUUUUUGAAUCAAAAUAACAUUGACAUUGUAAACUUAGGAUAUCUUGAACACACUGCAGACAGUAUCUCAAACUUUGUUCAGAACAACAUCUCAGUCAUACAGUACGUCGUGAAUACUCCUUGGUUGUUUUCAUACACUUGGUGUCAGGGUACGACAUACGUAGCAACAAAUGAAUGUGAAAGGCUUAGCAACAUAUCUAAUCCAAUAUGGAGGUUGUCAAAUGGUGAAUACAUAGCAAUGUGGGUUUGUUUAGACCUGUUUGCUCUCAUUAUUCUUGUGCUGAUUUUUGUGAUUCAGUACACUCGUGCCCAAUGCAUGCAUUUUUCCUGGCUGAGCAACCUUGUCUAUAACAAGGUACACUCCAACAAUAUUGAAGGCGUCGACAAUGUCGAUAUGAACGAUAUUGGUGAUGAAUAGAGUCACUAGAUGCACAUACAUACUGGGUGAUCGAAGAACCAUGCCACUUCUCACGCACGUAACUCAAAUAGCUUACAGAUUUAUGUGGUCUCCGCGUACCCCAGUUUGAGAACCACUGUUCUGGA